UACUGGUCCAUACGCUUGAGCAUUUGAAGUUCCUUGCAAGCCACAGCGCAAAUGCAAAAGUCCCAUGCAUAUCAGAAUCCUGUCGCAUAGCAAUUGCAAAGGUACCGUCAGUACCGGGAUUUUCGUGGGUUGGACGCAAAAGGACCGCGCAUUACAUUGAGAUGUUAGCAAGGCUGAGGUUCUUGAAAGCUCUGGGUUGGAAUGUAUAAAGCCUUUGGCUUCUCCGACGUUUUGAAAAUGUCUUCUUUAUUUUCACUGCUGCAAUUAUUCUUAAGCUUCUGCGUGGAGUCUUCAUUUUCUUGCUCGGAGUAUCUUAAUUUAUUUGAGCUCGGGAGGAAUCAUCAAGAUGAAUGCCGGCGAAUUUCAAGAUCCUCUUUUCAGUUUCCCCAGCCUAUUCGAUGAUAAUCUUGCAUCUCAGCAAGAAUUUGUACCCAAAUACAGAGGGGAGUUCAGUCUAGUGGAUAGUUUCGGUCGCGAUGUUGGACGAACAAUAUCGGCAACUGACAAUCUCCGCACACCACUACCUCCCGUGUCUCAAUCUUCAUUACUGCUCUCCAGGAUUGAUCAAACUAUGAAUCAGUCAACACCAAAUCACGCACCUCCUAUCGCACUUCCAACCAAUGUUGCUCACAAGAUGCCGCCUACGUCCGACUAUAUGCCAUCACUACCGAAGCCCGCUCGUAGGCCUGCCCUCACUGGACACUCUGCGGAAGAUUGGGAGCGUCAAAGAGCAACUUUCACUCAACUUUAUAUUGCAGAAGACAAACCUCUGAAGGAAGUAAUGAAACUAAUGGAAGAAAAACAUAGAUUCCGUGCAACGUGAGUGUUCCUGGCAUUGGCAACAGUACACACACAACUUCUAAUCACUUGCCAAUUACAGACCACGGCAAUACAAGCGACGAAUUGAGCAAUGGAAACUGGAUAAAAACAUCAAGGAAAAUGACAUGAGGGUUAUCCUACGAAAAGAUCUAAAGAGAAAGCGCGAAGGAAAGAAAAGCGAGUUCAAAAUUAGUGGCCGCGAUGUCGAGCCUCAGAAGAUUGAACGCUUCGCACAGAGGAACAAAACUACUGAGGAGUCAAUCCUUGGGUUUGAUAUUGGUACAAAUCUCGAGGUCCUAAAUUAAUUACUAUUGAAUACUGAUUGAUGCAGAAACUCCUGGCUAUAUCGCCUGCGAUACCCCUGCACCUACAAUAGUGGAUGAAGGUAUGAUGCAUCAUACAGGAGGGGAUAUCGACAUGGAAGAUUCGACAGCUACUUCUCUGGAAACUGUGGACUCUGGAAAAAAGCGCCAAAUACCGCUCAGUUUCACGAGUGAAAACCUCAGUCCGCUUAUUAAGCGGGUAAGCAACGACCCUCCUGCCAAAGCUGUCGAUGCUCAUUUCAAUUCAUCGUUCUUAAAUCGCCUAUAUGAUCUUGUCAAUGUUUCGAGUCGAAAGUACCGGCAAUGGGAAAGCCAUGUAUGUUGCCUCCUACGCACAAAUUCGUUGCGAUUCUCUCGACGACUAAUUCCAUGGUAGAGACUCGUCGGACUUCGUAAUCUUAUUUCAGAAUGAAAUUUAUCCAAAGAUACUCUCCUAGCCCAGGAAACUGAACCUCUUGUUUUUGAAUUGAAAUAUCUUUACAUGAGAAGUUUUGCGGUUAUUUACCAUCGUUGGUCGUUCUACCGGAAGGAGCAAAUUCUACGCAGUAUCCUGUUGCUCACGCUGCAUUUCAUCGAGGAUAUAUCUAACGACCUUAAAAGAUUAGACUCGACAUUCUCUCAAAGCGUUGUCGGAUCAUUUCAUCUAGGUUUUGUGUCCUUCUGUUUAGAGCAGUGUGCUGCAGUGCGUUUGGAACUGGAAUCAACUCCGAGUGUCUCUCAACACAUAGACUAUCGAAAAUUUGGUGCUCAGCUGCAGCGUAUUUGCGAUGCUGGAUGUGAUGAACAUUUUGUAGUUCAGAAUGCUUCUUUGAAACACUUAGAAGAGAUUAGUCCUUGGGAGUUAUUUAUUCAAGAGACAGAGAAACUGGUGAAAGGGCUAUUAUAUGAUAAUAUCCAAAGAUAGCGCAUCUUAGGCCAGCAUAGAAGAUAUCUAGCUAGUAUUUUCUCGGGCAAUCAACACAUUCUUCAGUUUUCUUAAUGUUAUCUAUACUUCGCUUUAUGUUGGGGAGAUUUCAGGGUGCA